AUGCGACACGCUACAGACGAUCCAAGAGAAAUGACGUCACAAUUAGAUUUUCCUAUGGCCGAAGAAAUUAAUGCAGACGACAGUUUUUGGGAUUACACUGGAUUCAAAUCAAUAAUGGGAUGCUCAAAGCGAGGUCAAAGUUCAAGGUCUCAGGAGCCACCAUCACCCUCUGAUUCCGGAGGUGGUAUGUCAAAUAGUGAAGAUUUUAGCGAAAGAAAAAUGAAAAGCCCGAAAAAGUCCACAAAAAGGCGAAAAGGAGUAAGUGCACGUGAAAGAAACAUGCGAAGAAUAGAAAGCAAUGAACGAGAACGUCAAAGAAUGCAUUCGUUAAAUGACGCGUUUGAAGGGCUUCGUGACGUUAUUCCACACAUAAACAUGGAAAGAAAAUUGUCAAAGAUUGAAACUUUGACACUAGCGAAAAAUUACAUCAAAGCAUUAACCAAUGUGAUUUGUGACCUACGUGAUGAAAAGGCAGUUUUUAAAGAUAUAGAUGAGUGUCCACAAACAACUGUUGAUCUUAAUUCAAGCGACGGACUUACAAGUGACGUCGGCAGUGUUGACGUCACGAACACAAGCGGAAGUGAAUCUUCAAACAAUCGCGAUAUGGAUCUUGAUUCAAAUUCUGGUGCUGAAGCGGAUUUAUUCUCCGUGUCUUUAAUGUGA